AUGGUGGUAGCUCUUCCCAAUGGAGAUCCACCUAAUCAUGACAAGGACAAGGACAAGAACAGGGACAAGGGCAAGUAUACGACAGAAUGCAGGAAGGAGUACAUCACCAGCCACACUGUCGUAACCAGCCCCUACACCACCUACACGACCAAGACUGUCCAUGUCCCUGAGACCAAGACCGUUCAUGUCCCUAAGACCGAAACCAUCACCAAAACAAAAUACGUCGAGGACGUAGUUCACACCAAGAAGCCUGUUGUCUACACCGAUUAUAAGACCAUCUCGAAGCCCUACUUGGUCACCGUUACCAGCUACAGCAUCGAGACCGUUGAUACCAAGGAGAAGACCACCAGCUACCCUUCGACAUACACCACCCAGAAGGAGGUCACCACUCAUGUCCCAGUCACCACUCAGAAGGUAUACACGACCGACUACGUCAAGACUGAGGAGAAAUGUUACACGAAGAAGAAGGAUGGCCACCACGGGCACAACUGA